CUCUCCGACGUCAUGACGAAGCAGACUUGUCAAGCAAUCCAAGCCCACAGCGAGCAUCGCGAUUGGCCAGCCAUGUUGACAGAGCUACCACGCUGAGCCCCACUCGCACGUUGUUCCGCGGCCAGGAGGCUACCUAGCAUGUGGUUGCAGUAGUGUUCCGAGCGCACAUCCUUCCGGUUGGAAAGCGGUGAUCCAUCGACCUACGAUUGCAGACUGCUGACGGACAUGUCAAGAUUGACCCCGUUUCCUUCUCGUUUGCCUGUUUCUCUGCUUCUGGAAACGGGAAGGGGGGAGCUCGUCCGUCAACGAGCCCCCGCCCCGCCAAUGCAGCGCGGCCUUGGCCCCUCGAAACGCCCCACGCGGAGCUUCACAGCUAAAAUUCAACCCGACCAACGAUUGCUGCCGCUCACUUUCACCUCUUUCCGUUUUGGGCGAAACUUGCGAGCCCCGGACAGGCGCGCAGAGCGCGGGCAGGCGCCAGACGCGAGUAGGCUGCAAGAACGGCUUUUGUAGCGCGCCGAGUCCAUGGAUUUGCCCAACCCGGAUUUCUGCAUACGAGUUAGAGAGGGUUAGCCUCGUGCGGACUGCCGGAUUCCUCGACUCUUUCCGUUGGCUGCCGGUGGUCAAUGCGCGAAUAGACGACAGCCGAUUCGGUCCUCAUCGGCCCUCGCUUUGUCUUGCUUUCAUCGGAGGCUCCUGCUACCAUGGCAGCAGGCACCCCUGUUCCGUCUCUUUUUCUCUGUAUCCUCUUGGCUGCAGUCGACCAACCGCCCCCUCGACAGGCUCUCUUGUUAUUUCCUCUCAUGGGGUCGUAUCGGAAGAGGGGUUUUUUUUCUCGGGUGAUGGGAGGAGGAAGCCUGCCUCAUGACCUCAUUUCGCUGGCCGUUGCAGCCCCAACUCUCAUAUACUGGACCCAUGCUCGCGGGAGACCCAUGCUCCCGGGAGACCCUUGGGCGGCAUGGGGGGGUGAAUGCAUACAAUACUUCGGUGGCAUGUCCAGGAUACAUCAGACAGCUGUCGACAGGGGCCGCGGGCUUGGGGUUUGCGCUUGCUAAGGAAGAGGCGGGAAGCGGGAAAAAGAAAGCAAACAAGCAAGCAAACAAGCAAGUAAACAAGCAAAGACUGGAGAGCUUGGACAAGCGCCAGUGGUGGGAUGCAGGCUGUCGAUCUGGCUGUCUCGUCUUUAUAACGUCCGGAAGAAAGCGGCCGAAGCCUCCGCGUGAACUACGGGCAUUGCCAGGGGGAGUAAAGCAAGACAGCGGGAGGAUGAUUGGAUGAAGACGAAACGGUGACAUGUCGAGUAGGUAUCGAAGCCGUGUUUGGCUGCUCUAUGCCCUGCCGCACCAAUGCCUGCCUUGGAUGGUGACUGAACCCGCCGCCCCAACGAGAGUGGGACACGGGGUGCCCCUGCUUCGACUGGUGCUGCUUGUCAUCCUGACUCUCCUCGUCUUUUUUCCACCCCUUCUCCUCGGCGCAGCCCGCCUCUGAUGUCCACGUUGGGGUCACGUCUGGCAACCCUCCAUCCUCGCCGAUCCUAGAUCCUCAACACCACCCUCCUUCACGCCACGCAUUACACCCUCGACAUGCACGGUUGCAAUCCGUCUGGCUGGAACUCGCCCCCUGGCCUGCAGUAGCUUCUUGGUUCCUUCUUGAACCCGCGAAGGUCGCCUUCUUGGGGACAGCGUCUAUCCAGCGUCUUCCUCGUCGCCCUUCCCCAACUGAGACUCAGCUCCUCGCCCGACGGGCGCCCCGUUGUUUUCUCCCGUGCGCCCUGGCCGGCCGCCGACAAAUAUCAUCCGUAUAUCCCGCCGUUGCUUUUAUUUUCCUUUUCUUGUGGUACCCAUCGGAUCUCGACUCCCAUGCUCCGUCCACCCAUGAAAGCUCGGCGUUGGUCACAUGCAUUCUCUGAUAUCCUCCCGACCUUCCAUCUCAUACAAAAGCCCGCCGCCCAUGGACCAACCUCAUCAACUGUCGGCCUCGCUGGUCGCGCGGAUACCAGUCCCUUCGUUUUAUCCACCCACGCAACCAUUCUCCCAACCCUACCAAACCAUGGCUGUGGCAUCACACCGUGCCAGGCGAGGCCAAUCGGUUCAUGUAUACUCUCUCGCUGCCGAGAUACUGGCCCUGAUUUUCAGGCAUGUCCGCAACUACAGCCUGGUGGAUAUCGUUGUUGUGCGCCUGGUGUGCCGCCGCUUCAACGAGAUCGCAAUCCCCAUACAGUACCAGACUUUGGUCCUUACCAAGCGGCUCCUCUAUCACCCUAGCCCGGGCCGGUUAAUGGUGGCAUAUGCCAAUAUGCAUCUUUACACCAACCAUGUGAUAGCCUCCAUCGACGACCAAGAAGACUGUGCUCAGAACCACAGGGCUGUCGCCCGAAUCACGGAAAAUAUCAUGAAACUUUCCACCUUCACAUGGCGCUAUUCCCGAACAGGGCCGUCACUGCCUUGCACAUGCCCCAUCGGGUCUUUAUUCCUUCGGGCCCCGGGCGGCCGCGGUGCAUUACGCAGGGAGACUAAAGUCCAUAUCGAGGGCCUAUCUCCAAGAUGCAUAGAGCAGCACCAAAGCGCCCUUCUCGACGGGAUUCCGACCGAGCUGCUUGCGUCGCUUGACAUGGCAUACCCUAGCCCGCCGCUCCAGGGAGGCGUAAAUGGACUCAAACAAAUGCUCCUUGGUUCCAGAUCGAUAAAGACUUUCCAAUAUCGCGACAGAGGUCAAGGUACAAGCUUCGAGUUGUCAGGAACCGAUCGACUCCCCAGCUUCGAAAAGCUCUACAUGGAGUGCUAUGACUGGGUACACAGCAAGGAGGAGGUUGCGCGGCACUGGGACUUCACUCGCCUGCGGUCGCUACAGCUUAUCGACAUGCCGAUUUUAAGAACACUGCGGUCACUUGAUCCAAGGGACCUCUGGGGACUCCGUACUCUGGUGUUGCGGGACUCUGGGAUCUCGGAUGGCCGGGAGGAGCUCUCGUGGCUACUGGACACGAUUGUGCGGUCACACGUGGGCGCACUGCAGCGGUUGGAGUUGACUGUUGAAACACAGUCCUUCAGGAUGGACGCUCUGUUUUGUCACGCCAGAACCCUGCGGCACCUCUCGCUACGAGACUUUGUCGGCUUCUCUGACGAUACUCGCCGAUGCCCUACCCUGUGGGUUGGCGACCUUGAGCGACUGGCUUCGGAACUUGUCGAGUUGCGUACCCUGGAGCUCGACAUGGACACUGCGCGAACGGAUCCGCCACUCUUCCUUCGAGCGCUGUGCAUGUUUCCCAAGCUGCAUACCCUCACGAUACAUGUGCACACGGUGGUCCACCCCUUCGAGGAACUACCGCAACGGAUUGACAAGGACCGCGAAGCAGCCAUGCAGCUUUUCUCGUUCCUAACAAGCGAGCGAGCCAAAGCCAUGGGGCUGGCUGGCGGAACUGGCGAACCUCCCAGCUGGCGGCGCAUCACGCUCAACGUCGGCGGCUGGAAGCCCGUCAUGGUGCGGCGGCUGAGCCGGUCCUGGAAGGCGCAGAACCGCCGGGGGAUCUUCGCAGAGCGCUGCUUCGUGAUGCACCAGCGGCAGUGUGCAUCGCCCCUGUCGCCCGAGCCGUACGAGAUCUCCGAGGUCGCCUGCGACGAGCUUGGCAGGGAUCACCUCGAUCCCCAAGACGACCCUGACGUCAACGAGGAGCUGAGUGGGAUAGCCCACCGCAUGGGCCAGUUUCAGGACCCGGACGAGGCGCCUGAGUUUUCCUAUGCCGACUUUACAGAAGCCGUCCUUGAGUAUAUCCAUCGAGGGACAAUCCCUCCUGGCAAUAUUUUUGCGAGCCAGGCAGCGGACUUUGGCGACGGCACCUGGUAGUCGUCCACACCCCACCAACCAUGGAACAAGAACCGCCUUGCGUUAAACCAUUUCAUAUAUGCGGCCAAGAUGGUACGAGGAGACCUUGCGAAAGAAGGCUCGGGCGCAUAUGUCGGGUGCAUUUUACAGCAUUUACGCAUGGGGCGGUAUAAAUUCGAGGUUUAGCAUUCUGGUUUCCUUGUGUCCUUAGGUACCUGAUGAGAUAUGACAGCAUUUGCAUGAGGGGUAAUAGGACUGGCUGGAUUAAUGUCUAUAUUCUGUUUUUUCCUUCCACUUAUGAAGCGGCGUUGCUUUCCCUUGCUAUUGUCUCUCUCGGAGUCCAGUGCAGCGCAACCUUAUAAAGCGGUUACUUGAAAGAAAACGGGCACAGCAAAAGUAAAGAACAAUGAGUGGAAUGGUUGGCCUCGCAGCAGCCGCCGCUCCCGGGGCUUCUCGACAAAUUUCCACCAGGUGUCGAGGAGCGCUGUGGAGCUGCCCAGCCUAGUUGGUCCUCUGCCGGCGGCCUGAGGCGCUGAGAGACAGCUAAAUUGGAUACCCUCCCGCCG